UUUCCAGCCAAAACAAACCAUCUCAAUGGCCUCCUCCACCAUGAACCUCGCCUUUCUCCUCCUCUCCAUGUUCCUCGUGACAUGCACUGCCCUCCCCGGAGGCUUCUCCAUCGUCGGAUACUCUGAGGAGGACCUCACCUCCCAUGACAAGCUAAUCGAGCUGUUCGACUCCUGGAUGUCGAGGCACAGCAAGUCGUACGCCAACUUCGAGGAGAAGCUGAGGAGGUUCGAGGUGUUCAAGGAUAACCUGAAGCACAUCGACGAGACCAACAGGCAGAAGAGGAGCUACUGGCUCGGGCUCAAUGCGUUUGCCGACAUGACCCACGAUGAAUUCAAGGCGACGUAUCUUGGAGUCAGCACCAGCAUGCCGAGAAGGAGAGACUCCGGUUCCAGCUUUAGGUAUGAGAAUGCCGUGGACUUGCCCAAGUCGGUGGAUUGGAGGAAGAAGGGUGCGGUAACCCAUGUGAAGAACCAAGGUCACUGCGGCAGCUGCUGGGCGUUCUCGACGGUGGCAGCGGUGGAGGGCAUAAACCAGAUAGUGACGGGGAACCUGACAUCGCUGUCCGAGCAGGAGUUGAUCGAUUGCGACAGCGAGAACAAUGGCUGCCAUGGUGGACUGAUGGACUACGCUUUCUCCUACAUAGCCUCCACCGGCGGACUGCACACCGAGGACGACUACCCUUAUCUGAUGGAGGAAGGCACCUGCGAGCGGACGAGGGCCGAUCUUGAGGUGGUCACGAUCAGCGGCUACGAGGACGUGCCAGAGAACAGCGAAGAGAGCCUGUUGAAGGCACUGGCGCACCAGCCUGUGAGCGUCGCCAUCGAAGCUUCUGGUCGAGACUUCCAGUUCUACAGUGGGGGAGUGUUCGAUGGAUCCUGUGGCAGCGAACUCGAUCAUGGGGUGACAGCGGUGGGCUAUGGCUCAUCCAAGGGCCAAGAUUACUUCACCGUGAAGAACUCAUGGGGCCAAAGGUGGGGGGAGAGAGGGUAUAUACGGAUGAAGAGGAACACAGGGAAACCACAAGGGCUCUGUGGAAUCAACAAAAUGGCUUCUUAUCCUACUAAACAUGCCUGAGGCAUUUGCAUCUUAUUUGUUUUUACUUGCUUCUUCACAAUGGAGCGUCAUAACAAAGACUACCGUUCUUUGCUUGUUGGAGAUCUCCUUCUGCGCAACUUCCUUUGUUCUGUGACACAGACAUGACUUGGAAAGACGAAACCUUUGAUGACUACAUCAUUGGAGGAAUGGUGUGUCAUUCAAGGUUGGUCUCUAUAGUUGAGGGAGGAGUGUAAUGUGAUUUAUAGGGGGGUUUUCUCCCUUAAAUAAAAAAAUAUAAAUAAUCAAAAAAAAA